AAAAAUUGGCCUCAGGGCUGAGGGGAUGAGGCUCAGGGAUUGUGUGUGCUUAGCAUGUGCAAGGUCCUGGUCUCAGUCCCCAGUGUGUGCACACACGCGCGUACACACACACACUCUCACAAAUUGUCUUCAGAAGGAUCUUGGGAGGAAGCAGUGUUUAAGUUAGCAUGUAGGUAGAUUACUCCAGGUAACUCAAUCAUAGGACCAAAUGUACCCCUGUGAAUAUCUCCAUUCUUUCCUUAUGCACCUAGUUGCCUUUAUUGGAGAAAGUAUGUUAGAUUCUUACUCUUUUUGAGGGAGUUGCCAUAUUUCUAUUUUUUUCAUUAAAGUCCUUUAGGUCUACUUCAGUUUAAAUGAAUUAACUUAAAAGCAUCAUUAAGUUUUCCCCAAUCAUUUACCCCUAGAUCUUUACCAAGGUGCUGUAUUUUAAGGUUUUAGUGUUAAGGUUUUCCACCAAAUAGUUAAAUUCUCACCGUGGAUGCAAAGUUAUGCUUAGGACUACAGGCAUAGAACAGAAGUGUUGAACUCUUCACAGUUCAAGGAAUUCAUCGGUGAAGUAAUACCGUUUAGUUAUUGUCACGUCAGCACUGGAAUGGCCAUAGCUGGGAUAAUAUUAUUUGUGAGAAGUGUUCGACUGACAUCAAAAUUUACACGCUCUUCAGAUAUCCCAGUAGAAUUUAUAAGAAAGAAUGUUAAACUCCGUGGACGAUUACACCGGAUAACUGAGGAGGGUUUGGAAAUUGAACAUAUUCCUAUUACUUUGCCUCUUAUAUCUUCAUGGAAAAAGGAGCCCCAGGGCGUCUUGCUGGUGAGGCUGGCCGGUGUGGCCCUCACUGGGCCAGGGAGGCAGUGGCUGCAGGAGGAGCUGCGGCCUUCCCAGCUGCUCUGGUUCCAGCUGCUGGGGAGGGAGAACGCCACACUCUUCUGCUACCUCCUGGUGAAUAAGGGUGGCUAUUUUAGUGUGAAUCUGAAUGAAGAAAUUUUGAGAAGAGGCCUGGGCAAAACUGUUCCUGUUAAAGGGUUAAAUUAUAACACCAAAACCUAUUGGAAAAUUCACAGAAACUUACUUAAAGCUGAAUUAACAGCCUUAAAAAAAGGAGAAGGAAUAUGGAAGGAAGAAUCCGAAAAAAAAAGUUACUUGGAAAAAUUCAAAGACUCUUGGAGAGAAAUAUGGAAAAAAGACAGUUAUUUGGAAACAACUGGAGCAGAUUUCAACUUGAAAAGAGAAAGUUAUCAUGACAGAUUUAGAAGGACCUGUGAAACGUGGAAGGACCGCGUGAACAACCACUCCGUAGUGCUCAAACUCAGAGAACUUCUCAGUUGCAUUCGCUUUCGGAGAAAAGGGUGAAACAAAUUCCCACGAGGUCCAGAGGUGACCUGCGAGGACGCAGACGUGUAGAUAUGGCCCUUCUCUGAGUGAAUGGGAAUUUCCCCAGAUGAGCCAAGUUGGGUCUCUUGGCAUUGACACAUUAAAACAUUGCUGCUGUAAGUGUGCUCUCAGAAUUGAUUUAAAUAAGUUAUGAUUACUAUAAUAUGCGCAGGAAACAAAACAUUGUAAAAGGUUCCCAAGGUGAAGGCUGUAUAUAAUGCUUGAAAAGAAAGAAAAAGUUAACUACGGGCUGUUGCGUUGUCUGGGGCAGCCACACGUGAUUUUUGUUGAAGGGUCUGUGCACACUUUUCCAGUUUUAUCAGCUUUCAUGAUGAGGUAACAAAGGAGCUCUUCACACCUGUGUCCAAGGCUGCUCUCCUCCCAGCUGCUUUCUAGCUGCUUGUGAACUUGGGGCAGUGCUAGGAGAGGUCACUGAGACCACUCUGGUAAUAAAGGGGGACUCAUUCCUCCCUGUUAGAAGCAGGGACAUCCCGAGGACGAGGACAAGAAACCAGGUGCUGAAUGGAAAGAACCGAACCAGAUGCCUCAGGAUAUUGCUGCUUCCUGAAGUCACAAUGCUCAAACUGCCCUCCUUCCCGCAAGGCCCCCUUAGGGGUGAUGGGAAAUAAUAUUCCUAUAAGACAGCGCCCCAAGAAAAAUGGGGGGAUGGUUCGGCUCAGAGGAGGGAGGGGAACUUGGCCAAGCAUUAAACCUCUCCCAGUGCACCCUUUCCUGAUAACAAAGGGCCCUAAAGGAAAGGGGUGGAUACUGACCUUGAUCUCCCGCAUGGCAAAUUAGUCCUAAACAGAAGCACAGCAAAUAACAAUGGGCAUGAGUACUCAUCCCUCCGGUCUGGUUUUAACCUGUGCAGCUAGCUAGCUCCAGACAGUCAAAACUGCUCGUGGGGGCUUCCAGUGAUGACAUCAUCCCAACUGUGCCCUAUAAAACUAAAUCCCCUCUGUAACUGAUGGCCAUUGUUUGCAUCUGGAAGUGUCCGAGUCCGUGAAUAAAUAAAGCUU